CUUUAUUAUUUAAGAAGCAGCUAAUGUAUAGCAAGACCUCUGGGGGCAUGACAAAUACAUUCUAGAAAGCAUUUAAUUGAACAAACACAAGACUAGUACAGGAUGAGUCAUCAAAAACAAUAUUGUGUUCCCAAACUAGACAAACUAUAAAAUUAAAAUGAGAAUGUCUUCAAAUACAUACAUACAUACAUACACACACACACACACACAUAUAUAUAUAUAUGUAUAAACUUUCUGGAUAUAGUAAUGUAUUGGUGUGCAUAACACUGAAAGGACAGAGAAAACAAAGAAAGUUUUUCUCCAUGCCUUGGACUUGAACGACACAAUAACACUUUUAAAAAAAGAAGACAGGAAAAAAAGCCAGAUAAUCACCUGUCUGAGUCCACCCAAAGACAUAGUAGUUUAUUACAUUAAAUGUUUUAUUUACUUAUUUGUUUUUUUUUUUUUUAAAUGGUAUUAUUGGAUUAGAAAAGUGAUUUGAAAUCAGCACAUAAGAGCUCACUGACAUCAUUAUUACAAUAGCAGAUUUUUGAGGUUGAGGUUCAAACAAAAACAAAUGAUCUCUUACAUCAUAACAAAUUGCAGUAAUGAACUCACGCUUGAAAAAAUAAAUAAAUAAAUAAAUAAAUAAAUAAAUGAGAGGAACGUUUCCUCAACACGACCUCAAACUCUUUCCGAUUUAGAAAUGUAAACGGAAAUGACGUCAGCGUACGACCUGAAAAACUGCGCGGGCAAUUUCUGUAUCUGUUUCAGUAACGGCGUUAAUUAACUCAAUGCACAUCGCGUAGUUUAUUAAUCAACCCAUUUAACCAGUUGUUGGGUAAAAUGUCUCAUCCAGUUGAAGCGGAUUUACCACGGAACUUGUCAUGCCUGAAAAAUAUCGACACUUUGCUCCGAUGCCCCAUUUGCUUCGACUUCUUGAAUAUAUCCAUGAUGACGCAGUGUUCUCAUAACUUUUGCUCCCUGUGUAUACGGAAAUUCCUUUCCUACAAGUUGCUGUGUCCUCUUUGCAACACGCCACUGACCGAACAAGAGCUGAGGAACAACAGACUACUGGAUGACCUUGUUCAGAGCUUUCAAGCCGUGAGGCAACAGCUGUCUCAGACAAUUUUUGAGUCCCCUCCAAUCUCCCCCGAGACACCGACAAUGGCCGUUGGAGAAAAAGCAGCGAGGCAGAAAGCCCUUAAAAAAGAGGGCACUCCUCUGACUCACUUCUUCCAGAAACGUGCCCCAGUCAGCUCUUCCAUAGGAGCACAGUCAGGCUCUAAGGGUCUGUUCCCAGUGAAACAGGAGCCCAUGGAGGUGUGUGUGCAAGGCGCUCUCCUGCCAGAGAGUGCAGUGACUGCGACCACAGCAGUGAAAGAAAAGAAGCUGGACAUGUGUGCUUUUCCCUCCACAUCGCAGGAUAUUAAACCUGUGGUCAAAGUGGACUGCCCAGUGUGUGGACUAGAAGUGCCGCAGCAACACAUUAAUAAACAUCUGGAUACAUGCCUGACCAGUGGGGACAAGAAGGAUAGCCUUAGAAGGUCCGACCAGCUAGGCUUUUCUGGUUCUGCAUUUACAGAGCCAAAGUCUCGGAAGCGCAGGCCGAUGGCUAAACUGGUGUACACGCUGCUGACAAUGGUGGAGCUAAAGAGAAGGCUGAGAGAGUGCCAUCUGUCCACGCAAGGUUCCAGAGAGCAGCUCAUCCGACGGCACCAGGAGUUCACACACAUCUACAACGCACAGUGUGAUGCAGUCAACCCCAGAUCGAGUGAGGACAUUGCCAGAGAGGUUGAAAACAAUGAGAAGAUGAGGAAUCAGCUGGACAGUAAAAGAAAACCUGCAAUAGUCAUCACUAAAAACCACACAGCCAGUGAAAUUGAGCAGUUGCACUGCGAUUACCGGAAACAACACAACGGUGAGUUUUCCCGUUUAAUUGCUCAAGUCAGAGGUCGUUUGGAAAAUUCCAGGAGAACACAAAUUAAGCAGGAAGGAGGGAAAUCAGCGGAGGCAUCAUGUUGCAGUGCUGAUGACACAGUAGUCCAAAACACAACCCAGCCCCCAGUUUCUUUGAUGGUGGAAGUUGACAACGAUGAGGCAGUUUCUGUUAUCGAACUUGACUCAGGGUCACUAAGCCCGAUUCUCAGUGAAGUGUCUGACAGCAGCUCCAUUUCCGAUGUUUUCAACUGAAGACCAUAAGGACGCUACCUGUAGUCCAAGAGGCUAACGCAGAGCCGCAGGCUCCUGGGAGUUGAAUCCUCUUAAUGCGGGGGACCAUGCACUCAAGCCUAGACAGAACAAGCAUGACAGCUGGACUCAAUUUAAAAUGAACACUGAAUAUAUCUUUUAUACCUUUAAGCAUAAUUCUGUUUUGAGUAUGGGAUUUGUAUAUAGAACAUUUGCACAAUAAAAUCUUUUUUUUUUUUAAAUGUUGUGGUGUGUCCCAGUAAAUAAGUACUUAAUGAUUAUUAUUAAAUCAUUACUUGGGAUCAUUAUUAAUUAUUGUUGCUUUUGAUGACAAUGUAAUGUUCCUUUUAAUAAUGUAAUAAUGUGUGUAAAACUAUAACAGGAUCAACAGUCAUAAAAACAAUUCAAAUGUCAUGAUCACGUUCAUAUGACGGGCUUUUUCAACAAUUUCAGUGAGCCCGAGCUUGUCUACAUGCACAAAUCCAGACAGAUAAAGAAUCUGCGCAAAAAAUGCCAGCUAUCUGAAUCUAGCCUGCCUUUCUGCUUUCACGCUAAAAGAAUUUGAGUUUGAACAUCCGAAAAAGGCAUAAUUCACACCGUAUGGAUGCCCAUAUUAUUUGGCACAUUUCCCAAUAGAAGCUUAGCAUGCAAAGCCCUUG